CCCACAAUUCCCGUUCACAUUCCCAGUUUCCCACCCCUAAAGUGGCAACACAAACCCUAGACCCGUCCCCCGCACAAACCCCAGCAGCCGGAGCGAGACACCUAGAGCGCGCCAUCGAGCGAGCGAGGCGAGAGAGAUGGGGCGGCCGUACGCAGUGAAGGGGCGGAAGAAGAAGCGCAAGCUCGACGAUGCCGCAGCCUCCGACGCCGCCCCGCCCGCUGAAGAGGCGGAGGAGCUGCCACCGCCGGAGAAGGCCGACGAGGAGAAGGGGAAGGAUCAGGAGGAGGUGGUGGAAGAGGAGGUCAGGGCGGCGGCGGAGGGGCUCCCGGUCGUGCCCCGGCCGGUGGACGGGAAGCGGCGGCCCGGCGCGAUCUUCGUGCUCGAGAGGGCAUGCCUCGAAGUCGGCAAAGUCGGCAAGACUAUGCUAAUCUUGAACUCAGAUGAUCAUGCUAAUUAUUUGAGGAAGCAGGAACGCAAUCCUGCUGAUUACAGGCCUGAUAUCAUUCAUCAGGCUCUACUGGCAAUAUUUGAUAGCCCUCUAACUAAGGCUGGAAGGUUACAAGCUGUUUAUGUGAGGACUGAAAAGGGAGUGUUGUUUGAAAUCAAACCUCAUGUUCGCAUGCCACGAACAUUUAAACGUUUCUGUGGUUUGAUGUCACAACUGUUGCAAAAGCUGAGCAUUACAGCAGUUGGGAAGCGUGAGAAACUUCUUAAUGUUAUUAAAAAUCCUGUUACCCGCUAUCUCCCUGUUGGUGCACGGAAGAUUGGACUUUCAUAUAGUGCGGAGAAAUCAGUCAACUUGUUUGACUAUGUUGCCAAAACCAGUGAUGAUGAAACCCUUGUGUUUGUGGUUGGUGCCAUGGCCCACGGAAAGAUCGACAAGGAAUACUCAGAUGAUUACAUACAAAUUUGCAAUUACCCUCUCAGUGCUGCCUGCUGUUUAAAUCGGAUAUGCAGUGCCCUGGAGCAGAAGUGGAACAUCCAAUGAAUUUUUCUUUUGAAACAAACAAUAGGAACCUUGUUAUGUACUCAUUAGCUAGUAGCAUUGUCCUUUUCUCCAUCUUACAUGUAAUGCCUUAUUUUUAUCCAUACCUCGAGCUCCGGCAGUAAACCGUAUCAAAAUCAUAUGUUUUAGUGUGACAUUAUAUCGUGGUUUAGACAUCAACUUUGGUAUUUACUA